GGUCUGAGGGCCCAAGGUUUAGUCCCACCCAGUUCUGGUGUGAUCUCACCCAGGGUGCAGGACUUGUGGGUUCGCCCCUCAGUGAACCCGGAUGGUGAUGGUGGGAGUUACGGGCUCAGGGGAUUCGGGGUGGCUGGAAACAGGCUUGGAACCACUCAGCCUGCGCUCACAACCCAGCACAUUUCAUGGCGCCACAGGCCAGUUGUCCACUUCCUGGCCCCGGUGAUCCUCGUGAGCCUCGCAGAAUUUCUUAAAGCAGGACUAUUGUCCUCCCCUUUGACAGAUGAGAAAACUCAAACGCCCCAGGUACCCUAGCCAGGUAGGGACACACGUCUCAGUUUCAAUCUCUUAACCUCCCCACCACCCUCGAUCCCUGACUUGUGCCAAGGCCCAGAAAGGUCUGGGAGAAGAGGACGCAUUCCUAGGGUUGCAAAGGGCAAAUGUGGGAUUAUUAUUCCCUCACCCCCACACACACCAGUCCCAUGGGCCAGGUGUUCCAAAAAGACCCCUCAGGGGACAUUGUCCCAUGACUUUGAUCAGAAGCCAUUCCAUUCUCCCCCAAAUACCACCCCCCCCCCAUCUUUUGUAUGACACGAUAUAGGUAGGACUCUAUUCUAGGGCAAACAUACUAUGCUCAGGGCAUAUGGGAACAAUCCUUUUGUCUGCUAACCCUUGGUGAGAGUUGUGUCACAACCUCACAGUGACUGAAGUACAGAACAAGUGAGCCAAACCAGGAAAUACAGGGACUGGGCAGAUGAGUGAAGGAGAUAUUUGUGAAUUAGGCAAGAAAUAUUUUUUAUCUUUCCCAGAACAGCAUUAGAGAGCCUGCUUUCUCAUGGUUUGAUAAAAUGAAGUAGCAUCAUGAUAAAAUCAGGCUCCUACAAUUUUAAAAUCAGAAUGCACAUUAUGUUUGCUUUCAAUUCCUACCUAGGCUAGAUCCUCCUACAAUCCCUGUCUGAUUCUGUCACUUCUGCUUACAUGCUGCCUGCCACUCUCUCAUGAUACCUCGUCCCAUUUUGGAGAAGGUUAGCAGAAUUUUCCUUUUGGAGAAGAAAUCUGCCUUCGUUCCCAAAUCACUCACUUUUGCCUGUGCUGAGGUUGACACGUACCACAUUCUUUCAGAAGAGAAUGGAAGGGCUUCAGAGAAGCAGAUAUGGAACUAUGACUGAAGGCAGAGGGGAAGAUAACUGGUUUGCAACAUCGUCCUCACUGAGAAUCAUCCUGGUGGGCAAGACAGGCAGCGGGAAGAGUGCCACAGGGAACAGCAUCCUCUGCCAGCCAGUGUUCGAGUCCAAGCUGAGGAGCCAGCCUGUGACCAGAAAGUGCCAGGCAGAGACAGGGACCUGGGAUGGAAGGAACAUCCUGGUGGUUGACACACCCCCCAUCUUCGAGGCAGGGGCUCAGACCCAGGACACGUACAAGGACAUCGGGGAUUGCUACCUGCUCUCUGCCCCAGGGCCCCAUGUGCUGCUGCUGGUGACCCAGCUGGGGCGCUUCACCGCCCAGGACACGGGGGCGGUGAGGAGGGUGAUGGAGAUCUUCGGGGAAGAAGCCAUGAAACACAUGGUGGUCCUCUUCACCCACAAGGAGGACUUGAUGGGCGAGUCUUUGGACAAUUACGUCGCAAACACGGACAACCAUAGCCUGAGGAGGGUGGUCCAGCAGUGCAGCAAGAGGUACUGUGCCUUCAACAACAAGGCCACCGGGGAGGAGCAGGGGGAGCAGCGGGCCCAGCUGAUGGCCGUGGUCGAGAGGCUGGAGAGGGAGAGCCAGGGCGCCUUCCACACCAACAGCCUCUUCUUUGAAGCCCAGAUGCUGCUGCAAGACGGGGGCAGUGCCCACGGGGAAGAGCACAGGCACUUCCUGACCAAGGUGCAGGAGUAUGUGGAAAAGCAACAGCGAGCCCUGAAAGAGAGAGGCAGUAACUGGGCCUCCAGGGUGCUCCUCAGAGUCAAAACCUGGGUGUUUUCUAACCCUGGGAUAUCUGCCUUCCUUGUUAUAUGCUUUCUGAUUUUUCUUGCCGUUUUAAUUAACUUGUGUAUUACUCAUGCACACUGAGCAUUUUCAGAUGAUUUCUGCAGUCAGCUAUAUUAUUUUUUGAGUCCCCGUCUCUGUCUGUGUCAGAUUCUUUAUAUGCUUUUUUACAUAAUUUCACUUCAGUUUCUCUUCCUUGAAUUAGACAUGCCACCUUUUCUUUUUUUUUUUUUCAAGUGCUUUUAGGUAAAUAAAAUCCAAAGGGAAAAAAAUUUUUUGUUUUUGUUAAAAAUUGUAGCAGUAAGAACAAAAGGGAUGAGAAACUAACCGUCACAGGAUGUCUGCAGGAAGGAAGGUGGUGGACUGUGAAGCUGUGCGGAUGUUCUACCUCUGGGCCCUAUUUUGUGCAACGAUGCUGUCGAGGGGAGACACGCGUUACGUUAAAAGCUGGUGGCAAAAUUCUUUAUUUUAUUCAGAAA